AUAUUAGCUAAACUUUUAUCGACGUGUACAUACAACGUCCGUCGACAACGAGAUUUAUUAGUUUGACACUACUGUGUAUUGAUAUAAAUAAAAAUAAAUUACUACAUGUAUAUAUAUGUCACAGUAUAGCAAUUGCAAAUGUCACCUCUAGCUAGGUAUAGCAGUAAAAUCAUUUAAUUUUUACUAGUGAAGCUACUGAAUUUAGGAGUGUAGUGAAAAAAACAAAUUUUAUUCAGAACUAUAUUAACGAAUGAUUUUAGAUAAUUAGUUGAAAUAAUUUCAUGUUACAAUAACCACAUCAAGUAUUAAGUAAUAGUAAAGUAUAUCAUGGCUGCAGUAGCUGUUACUACUCCUAACGGAGUGCCAAGAACUCAACCACAAUUUAGAAAUGUCAGGCAAGGUAGCGUUAUUGAUUUUGAUAUUGAUAUGUUUUUAAAAAUUUCUAACUAUGAGGAUACUAUACGACAACUUGAUAUUUAUUAUGGAAUUGUUAAGCGGCAAAUUCUACACUAUCAAAGUUGUAUAACAGGUCUUUUUCCAAAGAUUUCAACUGACAAAAAAAUAGCCAGUGUCAGAGAAAGUGUAUAUUGUGCUGCUGCUGUUUGGAGUUUACAUCAAGCUUAUAGACGUAUAGAUGAUGAUCGAGGUAAAUCAUAUGAAUUAGGUCAAUCUGCAAUAAAAUGUAUGAGAGGUAUCUUAGAAUGUUGGAUGAAACAAUCUUCACGAGUAGAGCUAUUCAAAAGAAAUCAAUGCAACCGAUUUGCUCUACACUGCAAGUUCCAUUUAGACACUGGAGAUGUAAUUUUCAAAGAUGAAGACUACAAUCAUUUGCAAAUUGAUGUUGUAUCUCUGUAUUUGAUUUUUUUGGUACAAAUGAUAUCAUCUGGACUGCAAAUAAUUUAUACUCAAGAUGAAGUUGCCUUUAUACAAAAUCUGGUUUACUAUGUUGAAAGAGCAUAUAGAACACCUGACUAUGGAAUGUGGGAAAGAGGUAGUCGUUACAAUGAUGGUACACCAGAAAUUCAUGCCAGUUCUAUUGGCAUGGCCAAAAGUGCACUUGAAGCCAUCAAUGGUUGUAAUCUAUUUGGAGAAAAGGGUGCAUCUUGGUCUGUCAUUUAUGUUGAUAUAGAUGCUCACAAUCGUAAUAGAAGCAUUUUUGAAACUAUGCUUCCAAGAGAAUCUAGUUCUAAGAGUGUGGAUGCUGCUUUGUUGCCAACAAUUUCAUUUCCUGCGUUUUCUACACAUGAAGAAGUUUUAUAUACUGAAACAAAAGCUAAUGUAAUAAGAAGGUUAAAAGGAAAUUACGGUUUCAAACGGUUUGGCAGAGAUGGUUAUAAAACUGUACUGGAGGAUCCUGAUAAGCGAUAUUAUAAAUCUGGAGAAAUAAAAGAAUUUGAUAACAUAGAAUGUGAAUGGCCAUUAUUUUAUAUUUUUAUGAUAAUUGAUGGAGUCUUCAAUAGCUUGCCGGAUCAAAUAGAAGAAUAUCAAACUUUACUGAAAGCAAGAUUAUCAAAGGAUGUGCAUGGAGAUCCUGUUGUACCAAUGUACUACUACGUUCCAGAGGAUAGUAUAGAAGGUGAAAAAAAUGAACCGGGAAGUACAAUCAAAGUUCCUAGUGAUAUUGGCAGAGGCCACAAAGGAGGAGAUGAUGCUGCUCCAAUAUAUUUAUGGAAUCAAGCAAUGUUUGUUAUAGCUCAACUUUUAACUGCCAGUUUGUUACACAUCAACGAAUUAGAUCCAAUUCGUCGCUAUUUGCCGUCAUACAAUAGGCCAAGAAAAGCAGGACGUUAUUCGGCAUUUCAGGGUACGCAUACUGAUUUGGUAGUACAAAUUGUUUUAAUUGCCGAGUCAAUGAGAUUGCAAGCUAUGAUGGCAACUUAUGGAAUACAAACUCAAACACCUCACGAAGUUGAACCUGUCCAAAUUUUGUCUUCCACUCAACUAGUCAAAGUCUAUCAAUGCCUUGGAAUAAAUGAAAAAUUAGGACUUGAAGGGCGACCUGCUCGACCAGUUGGUUCAUUAGGAACUAGUAAGAUUUAUCGAGUGUGUGGAAUGACUGUACUCUGCUAUCCUUUAAUUUUUGAGGUUUCUGAAUUUUACUUAUACCGUGAUAUGGCCUUACUUAUUGAUGACAUCAAAACUGAGCUUCAAUUUGUAGGACGAUACUGGAGACUGUCAGGAAGGCCUACAGUAUGUCUUUUAAUCCGAGAAGAACACAUGAGAGAUCCGCAGUUUAAAGAAAUGUUAGAUCUUUUUGCAAUGCUCAAGAAAGGAUAUUGUGAUGGGACUAAAGUUCGUAUUGGUCGUCUGCAAAAUUUGAUAUCUUCGUCUUGUAUAGAACAUUUGGAUUUCAUCAAUUCCAUCGAUACUGAUUUGGAAUUGACGCAAUUCAAACAAUUGGAGCACGAUUACAUUGGAUACCAAAGCUUGACUGAUGUGCCAAAAGCUCUGUCAUACAACGAAGACAUCAAAGACUUAUCUAACUUUAAAAGUGAAUCAACUGCAAACAUUAUAAAUGCUAUUCGAAGUGUCAACGAUUUAUAUGCUAAAUGUCAAUUAUACGGAAUACUUAUACAGCGAGAGGGCCCGAAUUAUGAAAUAAAUGGCUCUAAAUUGAGUGAUAUUUUUACAUCUUUGUACCAAAAAGCCGGAAGUCUUCGAUAUUGGAUGGCAGUACGCUAUUGCAGUAGUAUAUUGAAUCACACUGUCGAUAGUAUUAGUCCUUUUAUAACAGGAGUUCUUGUCAAAGGCAAACAGAUUACUGUUGGAGUUAUUGGACACCAAGAAACUGUUUUUGAUAAACCCAUGACACCUGCCGAAAUUCAAUCAGUAAUGUAUUCCACUAUUCAGCCUCAUAAUGUUAUUCAUGCUGUAUUACAGCAAGAAAUAUUAUUAUACUGUGGACGUCUCAUUGGAACAAAUCCGGAAAUGUUUAAGGGUAUCCUCAAAAUUAGAAUUGGGUGGGUUUUAGAAGCCAUGAAAUUAUAUUUACAAAUAAUCGGAAAAGAUUCAAAGCCAAUCGAAAAUUAUAGUCCCUACGAGGUUCGUCAACUUUUAAUCAAAGUUUUGACAGUCAAAGAGUGGGCCGCAGACGAAGACUUAUCGAUUCUCGGAAGACGGAAGAUCGAAGGGAGUCUGUGUAGAGUACCCUUACAUUUUUAUAAUCAAGUUUGGGAAGUACUUGAGAGAUGCCCUGGAGGUAUCUGUGUUAAUGGCCGAGAAGUACCGCAGCAACCUACUUUGUCUAAUUUAACUCGAUCGGAAUUAACCUUUGCUCUUCUUGUUGAAUCCAUUCUUCAUCAUAUUACCAUCCCAGAAUAUCGACAGAUUGUUGUUGAGCUAUUAAAUAUUGUUUCAACAAUUUUAUUGCGAAAUCCAGAACUGACUUUUCAGAGGCAAUUAAAUUUAAACAAAUUGGUCGAUGAUGCUUUUAUCAUAUUUUGCAAGGAUCAUAAUGUGGAUAGAAAGACCGACAUGACACCUUUCUUCUCGGCGAACUAUUCUCUUACAACAAGUUUCUUAGCAAGAGCUGUUGUAAACAAUGUUCUCACAGGAGAUUGCGUCACAAAUAUUGCAGAAACACACGAUGCUUUAGAAACAAAUGAAAUGUGUAAAAUUGCUUGA